UUAUAAAAUAAAAGUAAAAUCCCAGACAAGUCUUUAGACUCUUUUAAACGAGAGUUUUUAGCUGUUUAGCUCCAUUCACCUCCAUUCAUUGAGGACUCACUCGCGGGCUCCCUCUAGCGUUCAGCAGGUAUUUUCUGAUAUACCGGAGGAGACAGGGAGUGGGCGGGCUCUCCAUAACCCGGCUGUAGCUGAUCUUCGGGGGUCUACAGCUGGAGUGUUUUUGGAGCUUUGUUCUCCCACACCGCUGGAGGAACAGGAUCAGCUGAACUACAGAAGCAGCCUGCUGACAGCCUGCUGCAGAAGGAGCUACAACUUCCUAUUAUAAUGCCUAUUGAAGCACAGGGCUUCCAGAAGAAUCUCCAGUACCUGCAAAAGUUGUUCACACAACUCUCUCACAAAAAUGAAGCCAAGUCCAGUCAAGGAGAAAUUUCACCACUCUGGGAAGGGUUUUACUCCAGAGAGUGAUCUCAAAAUUCACCAACACAUUCACACCAGAGAGAAACCACAUCACUGCUCAGACUGUGGGAAGUGUUUUAUUCAACUGGGUGAUCUCAAAAAACACCAGCGCAUUCACACAGGAGAAAAACCUUAUCACUGCUCAGACUGUGGGAGCAGUUUUACUACACAGAGUGAUCUCAAAAAACACCAGCGCAUUCACACUGGAGAAAAACCAUAUCACUGCUCAGACUGUGGGAGCAGUUUUAAUAGAAUGAGUCAUCUCAAACUACACCAGCACAUUCACACAGGAGAGAAACCGUAUCACUGUUCAGAGUGUGGUAGCAGUUUUAAUAGACUGAGUUCUUUCAAACUACAUCAGCGCAUUCACACAGGAGAGAAACCGUAUCACUGUUCAGAGUGUGGUAGCAGUUUUAAUAGACUGAGUUCUUUAAAAAUACACCAGCGCAUUCACACAGGUGAGAAACCGUAUUACUGCUCAGAGUGCGGGAGCAGUUUUACUACACAGAGUCAUCUCAAAAGACAUCAGCUCAUUCACACAGGAGAGAAACCGUAUCACUGCUCAGACUGUGUGAAGAGUUUUAAUAGACUGAAUUCUCUCAAACUACACCAGCAAUUUCACAGAGGAGAAAAACCGUACUGCUGCUCAGACUGUGGGAGCAGUUUUAAUAGAGUGAGUUCUUUUAAAAUACACCAGCGCAUUCACACAGGAGAGAAACCGUAUCACUGCUCAGACUGUGGGAAGAGUUUUAAUCAAAUUGAAAAUCUCAAAAGACACCAGCGCAUUCACACAGGAGAGAAACCGUAUCACUGCUCAGACUGUGGGGAGAGUUUUACUCUACUGGGUGCUCUCAAAAGACACCAGCGCAUUCACACAGGAGAGAAACUGUAUCACUGCUCAGACUGUGGGAGCAGUUUUACUCUACUGGGAAAUCUCAAAAGACACCAGCGCAACACAGGAAGAAAGUGUAACACUGCUCAGACUGUAGGAACAGUUUUAGGUAUUCCAAAACAUUAAAUAAGAAAAUGUAUAUGCUUGUGGGUUAUGCUAUAAUAAUCUGUAAUCUACUAAUAGGUCAUGUCUUUUGCUGUGUUACAACACACGCUCUUGGAGAUUCUUUGAAGAUUAUUGUUUAGCAGGGGAUAUAGAUGUUUUGCUGAAGGCUGUUAUCAAGACUCUUUUGCUGUUUUGGGAAGAACUGAAAAUGAACAUGUACUGAGCUCAGUCUGAAGAUAAUGUAUAACCUAUGAAGCAUCAAUCUGUCUGUGACAUGCUUAUAUCAUCACUUGGAAUAUAUACAAUUUCUUUAUAUUAUAAAAAGUGUGAAAUAAAUAGUGUGUGCAUGAGCCACAAAAUUAUUGUUGGGUUUCAGAGGAUCCCUUGAGCAGAGUCACUGCCAUCUUCCCAGAAGGAAGAAUUUCAGUCCCCGUGGGUGAAAGGUAAUUUCAGACCUCUUGGGUAGUUUUGGUUUCAUGAUAAAGCUCUAUCUCCUCCUGAAUUUAGACGCCAGGUUUCCCCAAGACAUAUUAUCUAUGUGCUUCAUGUUUCUGAGCUUUCGGGAAAGCAUGUACUUAUACAUAGUUACUCAGAAUGCUUUACGCUACCUGUACUUACAGCAAUCUGGAGACUGGUUGAAAUUUGUUUAUCAGCCUUGUGCCUUUAACUUCAACAAACUGUACCAGCAGUUUAUUCUGUUACUGAAAGCCAACUUUUUAUUUCUGUAUCUGUAUUCCUUAUAUCCUCAUUUUUUCAAAAACUUUUUUCAUAACUUUACGCUGAAUUACGGGUGAUUGGAACAGUUUCUGAGCUUUUGUUUGUCGAGAAAAAGAGCCAAACAAAUGUAAAUUUCUAUAUUACUAAAUGUAAUUUAGAUUUUGUGAUUUCAUACAGUAGUGCAGUAGUGUUGCCAACUCUUCAGUAAGAAAAGUAGCAACUGGCUGUCCUACACGUCGCAAAAUGACUUCAUUGCCUAAUUAGCAUAAUGCAUGUUUUUGAAGCUGUAAAUGAAUAACUUUGUGGGAGUUGACAAGAAAAUUGUAAAAACACCCUAAAUAUGUUAGAACUACUAAUAAACUCAUGAACAAAUGAACAAAGUAUGUUGCCUUUGAAAUAGGCAGUCACUUCUCAAAAGUCACUUCUCUUUUGCCUUGUUAAAUUUUAGCAUUAGCAGUUUUUUAGCAGGUUUUUUUUGUUUGAUUUUAUUUUUCAUUAAGUUUUCUUAAAUUGCCCUUAGUUUCAAACCUAUUAUAGACAAAUUGUUCAAUGACGAGCUAUCUAGCUAGCUAGAUGUUUAGCUUUACACAAUGAGGCAGACACUGUGGACGAGGUGAGUGACAGGCUACGUGGUGAAUGAGGUGAGUGAUUGACUGAGACUGUGUGAGUUAAAUGCAGUGAUUUCUUUUCGUGUCACACUGAAGAUGCAUGUUUUUUUACUUUUUACUCACAGAAUAGUCACAGGCUAAGCUUUUGCAAAGACUGGUGAUUACUAACUGCAAGACUACAGCUAUAUUUUUUCUGAGAUUAUUUCCCAUCAUGCUUCUGGUGGAAUUUAAAUACAAUACAUAUUACAUAUUAAGUUAAUAAUGUGUAUAUCAAUACUGUGAUUUAUAAGAGACUCACAACUUUUGUCCUCAUCAACAGUGUAUUAUUUUUCUGCCACAGUUAGUUCUUAAUAUUUUUAAUAGAAUACAUUUUGUGUUCAACUCUACCUAUAAGCUUCAUAACCCACUUUUUUUGUUACAACCUUGUUUAGCAAAAAAUCACAGUUUUACUGCAGUACAUUUGCCUUUCAGAAAGAAUUAAUGCAAUAAAGAACAUCAUUCCUGCAAAAUGUGUUUUUAUUAAACUUGUACGUAUUAAAAAUAACACUGCACAAAAAGACAAAAUAGUGCAAAAUAAAAUAACUUUAAAUAUAAUGACUUUAAAGUGCUACCUGUGUUUAGACACUGUACAUAUUAAAAUAAGAAACAUAUAUGGCAUAUUAACUGCAAAAUGUGUUCUUUUUUUUAAUCGUUUGUAAAAAGUCACGUGAAAUAUAUUCUUGCCUCUUCCAAUAGCUCUCCUAUUGAUUGUUGAUGUUGUUCAUGUCACUAUUUGCGCAAGCCCAGUGUCAAGACUUGCAAAAAUAUUAAACACGGUUGAUUUUAUUGGAGCGCGAAGACACAAACCUGACUGACUAAAACUUUCAGUCGGAACCACCUUACACUGAACGAUCGAGAUGGCGCGAUUGCGACUAGACUGCAGCUUGACUCCAGCCAGACUCUCGUGAUUUUAUCCCGACCAACUCUGGAAAUAUGUCUGCGACUGUGAAAUCGUUUGAAAAUCAUUGGGUGUAAGGCCGGCAUUCGUCUUCUCUUGCUCCCAAAGCUCUGAUCUUUUCUGGGUAACACAGGGCGGCAGGGUAGGGUAGUGCCGCAGUGCAGUCUAAACCUGAAGUGCUGUUAGAAACACUGCUGUGUAGUGUCAAUCACACACGGGAUACACACAGACACUAAAAUAACAUUCGGUACAUUUAAUAUCCCCCCAAACAAUCAGCACUUGGACCAGUAUGGUUAAAUCAAAAUAUUUGUGUCAAUGGUCAAUUCAUACUUCUGCUUCAAACCUACGACAUACACCUGUACAUACUGUGGGCGGACCCUACACCAUAGCCCUAUGCGCACCUCUCCAGAAAUGAAACUACGUGUCGUAGACAUCCACAGUUGUGAUUAGUCCAGAGAUGUCCAUGCAUUUCUAACAAGACAAUAUACACAUGCAUCUCAAAAAAAUAGAAUAUUAUUGAAACUUACUUUAUUUAACUAAAUCUAUUGGAUAUUUUAAACAUUUUUUUAGAAAUAAAAAACUGAAAAGUGGGGCGUAUAAUAUUUUUCGGCCCCUUUACUUUCAGUGCAGCAAACUCCACCUGUGUGUAAUAAAGUCUCUGUAUAAGUGCACCUGCUCUGUUAUAGUCUCAGAGUUCUGUUUAAAGCGCAGAGAGCAUCAUAAAGACCAAGGAACACACCAGGCAAGUCCAAGAUACUGUUGUAGAGAAGUUUAA